AUGCUCUUUCGGACAAAGACCGUUGGUUGGAAAUCGUCGAGAAUCCUCGUGAUCCACUGUGUGCUUACAAGUGUUUUGACUUUUACCUGUCGAAGUGUCACCCGGAAGCUGAGAAGUUCUUCGCGAAGACUUCCUCCAAUACGCAGAAGAAGGAAUACAAGAAAUAUUUCACCAACCACUCAGAGCACGAGAACAAGUACAAGGAUCGGGACAUUUGGUUCUGUCCGUCGGGUGGUACAUCCAAUUACAAUCUUGGCCACAACACCGUAUCCAAGAUGGCCAAGCAACUCGGCACGAUCAUUGGAGUCACAAAUCUUGAGAAGUUCACGAAUCAUGGUCUUCGUGCCUAUGGAAUCACCAAGAUGCAUCAAGCUCGCGUUCCGAUGGCGGCUCGAUUGA